AUGGAACAAGGUGAAAUAAGAAAAGGUUUGGAGGAAAAUACACAACUAAGCGAUCAAGUGGGUGCUGAUUCAAAUGACGACGAGGUCAUAAAUUCUAAUGAGUUGCCAAAUGCUGAAUCACAAGGGAACACACUAUCCAGUGUAAAAUCUAAAAAGAAGAAAAAAAAGAAAAAGUCUAAUAGCGCGAAAGAAUCACCUGAAAAGAACAAUACCGUAAUAGAUACAAAUGCUAAAGUUGAAAGGUCGAAAAAGAAUCAAAAGUCCAAUAGUGAUUUGGAUGAAGUUGUUGCUCACAUUUUAGGGCAUCCCGAAUCUCAUUCUCCGAAAUGUGCUGAAAAAAUAAAAAAUAGUUCAAAAUCUGAAUUUAAACAAGAAUCUAUGCGUUUUAUAACACAGGAAAGAAGAAAUCCUGGAUCAACAAAUGCGAAAAAAUUUAAUGUUGAGAAAAGUGUUCUUAAAUAUAAAUAUAUUUUAAUUGAAUCAUAG